UCUCUCCCUCUCUGUCCCUGUGUGCCUUCACAUUCAGAGCGCUCUUGAAGCCUCGUCUUGCUCCUCGCCUCUGCAUCCGCGCCAGUUGCAUUGCAGCUCCCCAGCACUCGAGUCGUUAGCUCUUCUCUCACAGUCCGAAUCAUGGAGUUCGACGAGCGCUGCCUCAUGGUCCAGGAGCCCAAGUUCGACUGCCUCCUCUUCGACCUGGACGACACUCUGUACCCGAUGAGCUCGGGGAUCUCGUCUCAUGUGAAGACGAACAUUGAACGCUACAUGGUCGAGAAGCUGGGCAUCGAGGAGAGCAAGAUUGAGAACCUCGGCAAUCUGCUGUACAAGAACUACGGCACAACGAUGGCCGGCCUUAGGGCAAUCGGCUACAACUUUGAUUACGAUGAGUACCACAGCUUUGUCCAUGGAAGGCUGCCCUACGACAACAUCAAGCCCGACCCUGUUCUCAAGCACAUUCUCAAGAACAUGCGCAUCCGCAAGCUCAUAUUCACCAACGGCGACAUGAUCCACGCCGUGAGAGCCCUCAAGCGGCUUGGCCUGGAGGACUGCUUCGAGGGGAUCAUCUGCUUCGAGACCCUGAACCCGCCGUGCCUGCUUCCGUCGUGCGACCAGGACGCGCCGGAGAUCUUCGACAUCGCCGGACACUUCGCCAGGUCGGGCAGCGUCGACGAGCUGCCCAGGACCCCCGUCCUGUGCAAGCCCAACGUCGACGCCAUGGAGGCGGCCCUCAGGAUCGCCAACGUCAACCCCUACAAGGCGAUUUUCUUCGAAGACAGCGUGCGCAACAUUCAGGCUGGCAAAGUACUCGGUCUCCACACAGUGCUGGUUGGCACGUCGCACCGGGUGAAGGGCGCAGAUCACGCGCUGGAGAGCAUCCACAACAUCAGGGAGGCGCUGCCGGAGCUGUGGGAGGAGGCCGAGAAGACGGAGGACGUCCUCUACACCGAUCGCGUCGCGAUCGAGACCUCGGUGACUGCGUAGACGCCGCUCGCUGCCGGUGCACCGUUAUCCUGAGAUCCAAAACACAGCCCGAUUCAACUCCCAGCCUGCCGGACUGGUGACCUUCAUGUGAAAUUGAGCACUGGCCGGGACAGCAAUUUCCUCCAAGACGAAGGGGAGAGUUCAGAAAUACAGGGAAAUGCAGCAUGCACAUCAUGCGUGCUGGGCCGGUCCUAGUAUAUGUAUAUGUAUCCACUAUCCACCAGAUCUUUGCUUGUAAAUUACUACUAGGAGUAUAAUAUAUAAUAAAGAGAACGGGGUUUCUUGUA